UUUAAUGCGCCAGACUCCGCCGCCGAGAAGAGACUUUUGUUACAGUAAAACUACAGUUCCCUCGGAGCUGCUCGGAGGUGUUAGUUGUCAAUAUGGCUGUUGUCAGACAGACAAAGCGGAGAGGCAAAUAAUUCGCCUCAGAUUAGAAAUCCUUGGAAAAAAGAGUCGGACGGGGCACCGAUAUCAAACUGCUCCACUGUAGGUCUGCUGUGAAACAGAAAGCACGUCGGCUCUUUGCUCGAACGCUUUCUUUUAAAUGCUGAAGAGGUGGAUUUGAAGCGAGCAGGAUGUCUGAGUGCAACGAGGAGCCACGCUUCACUAUUGAGCAGAUAGAUCUGCUGCAGCGGUUGCGUCGCUCUGGAAUGACCAAGCAGGAGAUCUUGCAUGCACUUGACACUCUGGACCGGCUGGACCGGGAGCACGGCGAUAAGUUUGGACGCCGCACCUCUUCCUCUUCCUCUUCUUCCUCCUCCUUUGGAUUAGGUGGGACGACAAACAACUGCACAAACAACUCUGCCUCUAACACAACCACAUCAUUCAAUAAUAACAACACUGCCUCUGCAACCGCCACCUCCUCCGUGACAUGCAACGGCAACAACGGCGCCCUCAACAGCGGUGAAGCAAGCAUCGCUGAGAACUCUGCAACUGCUGCCUCAUGUACAACAGCCAAAAUCUCCACUGCCACGCAAACUCAGUUCGGCAACAAUGGAGGCCUCUCUCCAUCUCCUAGCAACAGCUAUGAAACCUCUCCACCUCCUGGGCCACAGCCGCCUGCCACCAUCCUUCCCUCACCGGUGUCGCUGGUGGCCUUGUCUCAAAAUGGGCGUGACAGUCUAGCGGCCACACCCAAUGGAAAGCUAUCUCCACCGCGCUAUCCUGUUAAUAGCGCAGCGGCAGUUCGAGCUUUUGGGUUCGAAGGCGCUGAAGAAGACCUGGAUGUUGAUGAUAAGGUGGAUGAACUGAUGAGGAGGGACAGCAGUCUGGUGAAAGAAGAAAUAAAAGCUUUCCUUGGAAACCGUCGGAUCUCUCAGGCAGUCGUGGCGCAAGUCACUGGCAUCAGCCAGAGCAGGAUUUCUCACUGGCUCCUGCAGCAUGGCUCUGACUUGAGCGAGCAGAAGAAGAGAGCUUUCUACCGCUGGUACACGCUGGAGAAGCACACUCCAGGUGCCACACUCAACAUGCGGCCAGCCCCUUUCCACCUGGAAGACAUGGAGUGGAGACAAACCCCUCCCCCUCUCGCCACCACGCCGGGAACCUUCCGACUGCGGCGGGGAAGUCGCUUCACUUGGAGGAAAGAGUGCCUGGCGGUGAUGGAGAGCUACUUCAACGACAACCAGUACCCUGAUGAAGCCAAAAGAGAAGAGAUCGCCAACGCCUGCAACGCUGUCAUUCAGAAACCAGGGAAGAAGCUGUCCGACCUUGAGAGAGUGACCUCCCUGAAGGUUUACAACUGGUUUGCCAACCGACGCAAAGAGAUCAAGCGACGUGCCAACAUUGAAGCCACAAUCCUGGAGAGUCAUGGAAUCGAUGUCCAGAGUCCAGGAGGACACUCCAACAGUGACGACAUCGACGGAAAUGAUUUCUCAGAGCAGGCUUGUGAUCUUCCAUAUUUUGACAAGAGACCUCUGAGCCGACCAUUUGGUCUGUACCGACUGGAGCCCACCUCACCCACACAGGAUGACGGCGCCGCGCACAGCGAGCACCAGGACCCCAUCUCUCUGGCCGUGGAGAUGGCCGCCGUCAACCACACCAUCCUGGCCCUGUCCAGAACCGGAGGGGUGCCGGCCGACAUCAAGACAGAGUCUCUGGAGGAGGAAUAGUGGUCGCGUCUUCACCCUCCUCUUCCUCCUCCUCCUCCUUCCCCCCUCUGUCUUCUCACCUCUCCUCUGUCCACGCAGCUGGUGGAUUAGGGUCAGUGUCCACUUGCUUACCUCUGUGAAACCAUGGACUAGGUGGGACAAUCUGGACCCAGAAACCUCGUCUGGGUUUACCUCACAGGAUCCUCCCCCCCUGGUCUGAACCUCAGUCUAUCUCACCUCAACGUCAACCUCAGUAAACUAAAGUGUUCUGUAUAUAUAAUAUAUACAUAUAUAUAUAUAUGGCUAUUACGGUUCUCAGUCACUCACCUCAUGCUGUGGUUUCCUCCCAGUACUCCCCUCCGCCCCCCUCAUUGUGCAAUUCAUCGGGAGAGCAGCCUCCGGACUUGGUUCGGGCAGACGUCCAGUCCUUUCUUGGCGGUUUUCGUGCUGCUGUUGGAGACAAAUUUGCCAUGAAGUCCAGCGUAUGUGGAGACUUCAACGAUGGCUGCGUACAGAGGGAAGCUCACCUCUCAGUGGCUGCGUCAGCCGUCUUGUAUGGGAGACUGGGACGGACAACUUGGCGUGAUAACUGAAAGCAAGGGCAUUCAAAGGAACACUGCGCUAUUGGCUACCUUCAAGUGAGCGCAACGCUUCAUACUUGAAUACGGAAUUGAACUGCGACAGUUGCUACUUAAAAAGAGAGUCCGACUUGCAUAAAACUUACUAGUUCAAGAAACCACUUUGAAAGUUCACAUGGCGAAACGCUAAUUCUCCAUGAGAGGAAAUUGUUAGCAAGUCUCGCGCAGUGGCAGGAUACACGCCCCCUAGUGGUUUGAUCCAACAGCAGCCGUUUUGCUUCUUGCUCCCGCUUGGAACGGGACUGGACGUCCAAUCAUUUCUGCCUCGACGCUCAGCUCGCCGAUGACGCUGUUAUUUAAGAAUUACGGAUCAACGCGAUAAUCCAAUGUAAGCUAUCUACUAAUGAGGAGUCCUGCUUUGUAUUAACUUCAUCCAUGCCAAAGGAAAUAUGCUAUAAAGGUAGAGCUGUAGGUUGGCGGCGGGCUCAGAGACUUUCCCGCCGCUUUGAGACGCUUCCAGAGCCGACGCGCAGCCAACUAACCGCAGGUCCGCGUCGGCGGAAGCCCGAAUCGUGAUACUUGCUACUCUUAGUUCUGUGACUCUGCCUCUUUUAAACGCUGAUGAAUGUGCUUUCGGAAGAUUUUGUAUCGGAACUGGUGUCAAGCGAGACUGAAAUCACCCGCGGAUGGCGCUUUUGUUGUUUCUGUUUUGAUCUUAUUAGCCUCAAAGGUAAGAGCACCACUUUAAAGGGAAGCCAAGUCCAAGACACUUUAAGUGGUUUUAUUGGAAAUGUUUUUUAUAAGUAUAAUACACACAUAUAUCCAUAUGUAUUUAACCCAAAAAGGAACUUUUCCAAAACGGUCUUGUUCUGAGCAUUAUCGCAGGAGUGGGACGCAGCUGAGCGCCGGAGAGAUUUAUCGCAAUUUUGCAGUGAAAUGGAAGCCAAAUACAGAUGCUAACAAGCUAAAUGCUAAAGACAGAGUGGCACAAUAUGACGCUGUGUGGUGCAGCAAAAUGCUGGCGGAUUCUCAUGACGGAGCUAUGCUGUUUAGCUCGCCUAGUUUCCCAUUUGCUAUUACAAUAAUCUGCACUUGGCUAGUAACGUAUAGCUGUGUGGUAAAGACAUCAGAAUGCUACGCUGAGGUCAGCUGUCUCACGGUUUCAUCUCAUUUGUAGUCGCCGACAUUUGUUGGUUUCGCGAAAGAGGGACUGUAAAGGGGGUUGACUCGCUCUUCAACUCUAGAUUCCAAAGACGUUUCCAGCUCUAUUAGGUUUGUGCCCUGAUCUGAACACCUGAUUUAAGGUGGCUUCAUUCUGUAUGAAGGAGAUCUGCUCAGAGUCUCCUGUUUUUUUUGGGGGAGGAGAAACUAGAGUCUAUGAGCAUCGACGGAACAGACUCUGGCCUCUGGCUCAGCUCUUUUCCUCUCACUACGAUGCUGUGUACGGUGUCAAAAGUGACGGUGCUGAUCCUCCUCCCUGCCUCAGCGAACCACAUCAUCUGCCAACAGCAGUUCUUCAACUUUACUUGAAGAUGGUUUUGGAAAACUUCCGUAAUAUUCAAUUCAAGUUGGAAAAAAGAAAUCUCGAUCACCAGAGAUCAGGUGAUAGGUGAAGAUCUCCAGCACUCCAGAGAAGCUUCAGUGUGUGCGAGAGCCCAACUGGGACCUGUGCUUCAUCACGAAAAAUAUGUAUUUAUACUCAUUUUUUUAUAGUAAUGUGUAAAGUUUUGAAAUGCCUUUUACUUACUGUUCAAUCGAUCAUGCUUUUUGAUUUCUCUUGACUUUUUUUUGGUUUUUAUCUGACUGAUCAACAGUCUCCUUGGACGGUGUGUGGAAGUGGUCAAAUUAAGAAAAACGCACCUUAUGAAUGAGAGAUCCAAUCGUGACCUAUUCUGACCCCAACCUUCCAAAAGAAAGUAAAAUUCCUCUUUGAAAAUCUAAACGCCAAAAACCAGCCUCCUUUAAACCCACCAGCGAUCAAGCGGCCGAUUGAAACACAACAGUGUGUAACAAAAUCCAACAAACCUGAGCACCAUAGCAAUAAAAAAAACAUUUUUGCUGCUAAAAACUUUCAAAUAAAUUUUGCAAAAAGUGUUGCAAAAUGAGACAAAGCUUGCAAGAAGAGGGCUCGCUUUCUACAAGGUUGGCAGCCGCUGUUAUAGCCUUGUCUGCUGCCACCUAUUGGCGAGCGUCUUGCUUACAAUUUAACUACCAUGUUUCCGACAAAUGGCGUUUCGACACCAGAGUCAUGAAUCUGAGGUUUUCAUCAACUACUGUGGCAACUUAAAAUGAUCAACACAGUCAACGGACCGUUGAAAUAAUAAUUUUGAUGUGUCACCAUGACAACCACUCGUUCCUUAGCCUCAUUGUACAAGUGUUAUGAAGUGAUUUCACGUCAUUUGUCGCUCAGUUUUUAAGGCGGCGCUUGUGAAUUUGGUGGUUAGAAACUCGUGCGUUAGGACACUCGUGCACAUUGAGAUUCCCACUUCGACACUUGCCAAAAACCAAGUUCGAUUUGAAAGUCCAAGCAGUAUUUUUAAACCUCGACGGACACGUGAGCGGGACGAAAGAAAAACAAUCCUGGGACGCUCCACCCUCUUCAUCACCUCUAAAUAAAGACUGACAACUGUUGUAUGAUCUUCUGUUCCAAGUUACUGUAUUGCCCAUUUCAGAAUUUAGUGCCUUUUUUGGACAGUAGACUGUUCUGUAAUUAAGAUGUAGUAUAUAAACAUUUUUUGUACAGUUUUCUUUGUUCAUUUUUUUACUUGUGUUUAUUUUAGUAUGAUAUAUAAAUAUAUAUAAUGUACCAGAGAAUAAAAAUAUAUCAAGCCGACUUGUCCGUGUCGUCUUUACGAGAGAAACGAAAGCAAAACUUCAAGUAUUUUAUUAACAAAGCGUCUUUUAAUAAAUAUGUCACAGUGAUAAAGACAAACAUCCCCCCUGUACUGAUUUAAAAAAAGACAUUCACCCUUACAGUCAGACUGAGCAGAGUACAGUAAAAAAUGUGCAUGUUUGUUGCUAAAAAGAGUAGAAAUACACAUUCAUGACCGGUUCUUAAAAGAGAUACGAUUAAGGCAUUUCGGAUUUGCUGUGGUUUCAAGGCGAGCUGUAUCUGUUUAAGUGGUCUUUUGGCAUCAGUUGAACCCCGUACCGACACGCGGCACUCGUAGCCUCACCGUUAAAAGGUUGUGAAUGAAAUGAUUCUGAAAGUGUCCGGCGCUGUGAAACAGUUUUUAGAAACACUGCGUUGUUACUGAGGCGGUUGUGUUCAA